AUGAGUCGUGAGGAGUCGACCACCCAGUUACCAUCCCAGCGGGUUUCUGCGCCAACAAUUCAAACACCGCAGCCCAGUGAUUUCCCGAAUUCGAGUUCGUUGUCCACAAGAAAAUGGAAUACAGACAGCUUAGGAUCGAGAUUGGCCGUAGAUGCGGCCAGCGCAGCUGGAGCAGCUUCGUUGAUAUGUCCGCUGAUCACUAUUAUUGACAAAUCUAUUAUAGAGAAAGCUGCGAAAGGAAUUUUAAUCUUGCAGAGUCUUAAAUCAUCACUUGUGGCGCUGGUCAAAAGGCCCCAUAGUUUCUUUAUCUCGACCCCUUUUCUGCUUAUCUACACUCUGUACGGCUCCACCUACUUAACCGCCAAUGUCAUUGACACCGUGACGUCGACGAUAAAUGACCGUGCAUUCAGCAACGUAUGCGCGGGCCCGGCUAAAUUUAUUGCCACUGCUGCUGUCAAUAUGUCAAUAUGUGUUUACAAGGAUGCCCGAUUUGCGCGGAUAUUUGGUGCACAGGGCUCUUCCCCAGUUGAUAAAUCAUCCCCAGCAUCUCAGUCAGGAAUGACCCAGCCAAACCGAAACCCCGUCUACUGCUACCCUUCCCCAUCCAAUGCGCCUGAAUCUCUGCCAAUCCCGAAACGCUCAUUCGCCCUCUUCUGUCUCCGCGACAGCAUGACUAUAUUCGCUUCCUUCAACCUCCCAACGCUCCUCUCGCCUCAUAUCCCCGAUAUCCUCGCUUCCACUCCAUCCUCCAAGACAAUGCUAGCACAGUUUUCCAUUCCAGCGUCCGUCCAGCUAUUCAGCACCCCUCUUCAUUUACUAGGCUUGGAUCUAUACAAUCGUCAACCCGAAGGUGGACUACUUGCAGCUGAUAGAUGGAGUCGGGUCAAGAGAGAUUGGGCUCCAAGCUGUAUCGCUCGAGUUGGAAGAAUUGUGCCCGCUUAUGGCUUUGGAGGUGUGGCUAAUACGAAGUUCAGAGCGUCGUUAAUGAAAUCCUUAGAGUGA